GCAACAGCUGUUUUGCUAUCAGUGUUUUGUGAUCAAAAGUUUUUGUCUGCGUAAUGUAAAUUGUGAUGCGGAAUUAGAAGGCUUGUGCCCCAGACAACAGUAGACCUGGAAUCGGAAUCCGGAGACCGGCCAUCAGAGCCAGGAUAGUCCGGAAGCCACGAUGAGUGAUGCGGCCUAUUCGGGAUUCUACGGCGGCAACCAGCUGCACUUGCUCCCGCUGUCGCAUCCGCAUCCGCAUUCGCACACCCACCCGCAUCCGCAUCCGCACCAGGAUCUGUCGCUUUCCACGCCGGUGCACUCGUUGGAGCAGGACUCCAACUUCGGAGGCUUCUUCGACGACGAACUGGUCAUCGGAGCGGGAGCUGGCCCCCCGUCCACCUCUGCGACCAAUGCCAAUGCCUCUGGGACAUCUGUGUGGCUUCCGGAUGGCGGGAUUAGAUCCCCAGAUGCGCCGGGGGACUCCCAACCCAAUCCGGGCAUUCCGUUCGUCCAGAUCCACACCACGGACCUGCAGCAGCCGGAGAAGAGCUUCCGCAACAACGCCUUUCGCCGGCGCACGGCCGAAAUCAAAUCGGAGGCGGAGCUGAUCAAAUCGGAACUGGCGGAGGCGGCGGCGAAGGAGCGUCUCAAUGCCACGCCCACGCCGCCCACUCGCAACUCGAGCUGCGCCAGUGUGGAGGGCAAGGCGCUGGUCCAGGAUGGUCCGCCGCUGAUCCUCCGCUGUCCCAACUGCCCGUUCCUCAGCCUUUGCCAGGUGCGCCUCCAGCAGCACCUCCAUCUGGCCAAUUGCUUCGGAGUCCUGGAGCAGCAAAGGAGACAGUGUCCAGGCUGCUCGAACAUCUUCUACAGCAGCGAUGCGCUCAGCCUGCACCUCAGUCUGGACCACCAAAUGGAGGAGAGCGAGGCACUGGCCCUGCUGAGCGGGAAACCGCAGGCCAAAAGGCAGGCGCAGAUGCCCGGCCAAAGCCGACCCAAGAGUCGCAUCUUCAUCAAGAGCGUGGACUGCCUGAGGGAGCCGCUCCCGGACUUCCCUCCCUUGAUGCCGGACGGCGGACCCACGGGCAACAUACUGGACCUGCUGGAAGGAGUGGCGGUGGGUGCCUCGCCCAGCGAGCAGACCAUGCCGCCAGCACCUGCCGCCAAUGCUGCUCCUCCGCCGCAGAAGCCCAGCCAGAAGAUAUCGAUCAAGAGCGUGGACGUACUCAGGGAGCCCGCCCUGCUGCCCUUCGACUUCCAGCUGCAGAACCACCCGCUGGUCACGGACAACAGCCUCCUGGAGGCCGCCGUCGUGGGCCUGGAGCCGGAGAAGCCGCGCCAGCCCAAGAUCUACAUCCGCAACGUGGACAUCCUGAAGGAGCCGAUGGUUCUCCCCUCCGCGCUGCCCGGGAUGGGCUUCAACGGGAGCAUCCCGGCGGCAGUGGACCCGGGCCAAGUGGGUCUAGCUGUGGGAGCCGACGGAGACGUCUUCCAGGCGGACACCCUGCUCACGCCCACGUGUCCGCUGCCGGGAUUCGAGCCCAGCCUCGCCCCACUGGCCCAGAUGUGCUCCGAGGCCUUUCCCUUCGACUCCGUGCUCAAUGGCAACGGAGCAGCGGUCUCCGGUCUGGACAACACGCGCUUCAGUGCCCUGGAUCUGGACUUUGGCGUGGAUUUUGUGGCGGACGAAGCCACCCCGCCUCCACCUCCGCCUUUGCCGCCUCCGCAUCCGCUGAGUGACCCCCUCGCGACGAUGGAGCCGCAGCCCGUGCAGCUGGAGCACUACUUGCCGCCGCCCGCUGCACCGAUCAGCAACAAGCAGAAGAUCUUCAUCAAGAACGUGGACAUCCUGAAGGCGCCGCAGAGGGGCACCCUGCACCUGCGCACCGUGGACGAGCUGAACCUGAUGAACCGCACCGAGGUGGAGCACCUGAUCGUGCCCAACCUGGAGCCGAUGGCCAUGGCCAUGAUGGAGCUGCCGCCCGUGGAGCAGCCGCCGCUGGAAAUGGAUGCCCGCCAGCUGGACGCUGGACAACCGCAGCCGCUGGGCGAGCUGCAGCCCUCGAUCGGCGACAGUUGGAACGGCGAGGAUGGCUACGACCUGGCCGAGGACCUGGAGUGCUGGCCCUGGAUGGAGGAGGCGGUGCCGGAAGCAGGACUCGGCCUGUCCACCCCCAGCGAAGUGGAGGGCUUGCCUCCCGCUGCCGAGGAUCUGCUGGUCAAGGACUUCUUCCCGCCGCCCGAGGAGUCACACACACAGGGCACAGGGGCAGCGGUAGGAGGAGGGGCCGUGCCUCCCCUGGUGGCCGUCUCCUCCUCUGGCGGGAGCACUCCUCUGGCUCAAAGUGCGCCUCUGUGCAGCCUGCCCGUUCCUCCGCUGGUUCCCCUGGCAGCCGAGGCCACAGCUGCUCCGGCCGAGAAGCCAGCCCGCAUCUACGUGGCCAACAACCUGCUGCCCGCCGCCGUGGAGCCCCCACUGCUGGGAGGCGGCACCUCCGUACGCGGACGGCCCUACGGAGCCAAGCACUCGGGCGGAACGGCGUCGAAGAGGAAGCUGCCGCAGGGCAGCGGCAACCAGGCGCCGGAGGGCGGCAAGUGCCUCGUGGAGGGCUGCAUGUUCCGCUUCAAGUCGCCGGCCACCCUGGAGUACCAUGGGAGGUGCCACAACACCCAGAGCUCCAGCCAGCCGAUGGUGUGUCCGGAGUGCAGGUCGACGGAGUUCAGCAACUGGAACUGCUUGCACACGCACCUGUGGCGCACACACCAGAUCGACAUGGAGCUCUACUGCUGCCAGCUGUGCAGCUUCAAGACGCCCAUCUACUCGCGGCUGGUGAACACGCACGCCAAGAUCCACUCGGAGGAGCGCAACUACAAGUGCGAGCAGUGCGGCAAGGGCUUCAAGAACACCAAGCAGCUGAAGAACCACCGCCGGCUGCACCGCACCCAGGGACUGGGGAUGGGUAAGCAGGCGCAGGAGCAGCAGGAUGUUGCUCAUCGCUGCGAGGACUGCGGAGCGGCCUUCAAGCAGAAGAAGAGCCUGAGGGAGCACCUGUGCAAGGAGCGCAACGAGCAGCUGGAGUGCCCCGAGUGCCAGCGCGUGUUUGGAUCGAAGAGCAGCCUGCGGCUCCACCUGCGGAGCCACCAGGAGCAGAAGCGCUUCCGCUGCGACGUCUGCGAGCACGAGACGAGCGACCACAACGCCUUCCGGCGCCACCUGGCCACGCACAAGGAGCGCAAGCGCUACUCCUGUCCGCACUGCGACUUCCGCGCCAUCCAGAGCACCGCCUUUCGGAUACACCUCCAGAAGCGCCACCCCGAGCAGGAGCUCUCCUCGAUCAUCUACAAGUGCGAGCAGUGCAGCUUCACCAGCAUCAACCAAGGCCUGCUGCAGGUUCACCAGGCCAAGCACGAGGCUUCAGCCAUAGUCGCUCCAGUGGCUCCAGCUGCUGUCCCAGUGGCGAGUCAGUCGCAGAUCAAGGUGGAGAGCAGCCUGCUGCUCGCGCAUUCCAGUACAAACGCUGCCCAGGAGGUGCUCCUGGAUGAGGCGGACGUCCUGCAGGCCUCCUAGUAGGCAGGGGCUCCUCUAUUUUGUACAUAUUUUAGCGGGAGGUUGUGCAAUAACCCCCACAAAGUGCCGCGUAGUUGUAUCGAGUUCUAUACCAAAUCGUACCAAUGUUGUUAGUUUUAGGAACGCAGGGGAUCAGUCCUGCAGGAAAUCCAUUUGUUGAUUUUGUAACUAAUCACGUGAAGAUGUUCUUCCAGUCUUCCAGCUUUGGAGUGAAAUUUUUGACCUCGGAAUGCACCGGAAUGAUGCAUAUCCUCUUUGUUUUCUUUCUGUAAAUAUUCACCGUAGAGUUAAAAGAAUCUGUUUUGUACAUACGCAUUGUAUAAAGAUUAUCUGGGAAAGGC